AUGGGCAACUGCUCGUCACAGUCCCAUCACAAUAUCGGGCUGAAUGAAGAGGAGAUAGCUGCCGUCAAAGACUCUUGGUUACGCGCCAAAUCGGAGAAUAUUGGGAAGAAAAUCCUUGGCACUUUGCUCGAGAAGAGACCGCAAUUCGCCGUGAUUUAUGGAAUUCCCGAAGACGCAGUGACUAAGAAAGCGAUGGACUCCAACAAUCAAUUCCAGCUGCAGGCCUACCGUAUCCAGAAUUUCCUCGACACAGCCGUCUCUUCCCUCGGCUUUUGCCCGAUGAACUCGGUCUGGGAUAUGGCGAAACGGAUUGGACAGAUACAUUUUUACAAAGGGGUCAACUUCGGCGCUGACAACUAUUUGAUCUUCAAGCGGGUGACAAUCGAUGAGAUUCUGGCAAUGACCCUGCAACCGAGGACAGAAGAACCGAAAACGGCUAGGAAUGAGAAUGAGUCGGCCAGGAAAGAAGUGAAUGGAAAUGAUUUGUUUCAGGACAUCGCCGCGACGUACAGUGAGUACUGCCCGUUGAGACUCGGCUGGAACAAGUUGAUGAACGAGAUUGUGAAAGAGAUGAAGAAAGGUUUUCUGGAGGAAGCGCUCGGCUCGUGUCAAAGCGACGAGAACGGGAAUAAACAUCUGACGAUUAUCGGCGUUGUUCACGAUUCACAU